AUGACUACAAAAAGAUCAAGCGUAAUUUUUCGCAAAAAAUUCACUUAUUCUGGUUUAACUUCUACUGAUUUUAUGAAAAAACCAACAAAUGAACCUGUCUUAACAUAUAAAAAAGGUUCUGUUGAAAGAGAAUCAUUAGAGAAAGUUUUGAAAGAAUUAUCAUCAACUGUAACUGAAGUACCAUUGAUCGUUGGUACAAAAGUAAAAAAAGGACCAUUAGAUCAAAGUCAAAUUAUGCCAUCAGAUAAAGCUACAAAAAUAGCAAAAUAUUCUUAUGCAACACCUAGUGAUAUCAAUGAAGCUAUUGAAUCAGCUUUAAGUGUGAGAGAAAGUUGGGCAACUAAAACAUUAAAAGAAAGAGCUGAAAUAUUUCUUGAGGCAGCUGAUUUAUGUGCUGGUAAAUAUCGUAUGCAACUUAAUGCUUCAACUAUGUUAGGACAAGGUAAAACAAUUGUUCAGGCUGAAAUUGAUGCAGCAUGCGAACUGAUUGAUUUCCUACGUUUUAAUGCAUAUUUUGCCUUAGAUAUAGAAAAGUACAAACCAAUUAGUACAAGUAUUUCAAAAAAUGAAAUGAUAUAUAGACCAAUGGAAGGUUUUGUUGCAUCUAUUGCACCAUUUAAUUUUACGGCUAUUGGUGGUAAUUUAGCUUCAGCUCCAGCUUUAGCUGGUAAUGUUGUUAUCUUUAAACCAUCAAAUACAGCUGUAUUGUCAAAUUAUUAUAUUAUGAAGAUAUUUGAAGAAGCUGGUUUACCUAAAGGUGUCAUUUCAUUUUUACCAUCUGAUGGUCCAGUUUUUGGAAAUACUAUUACUGAUCAUUCACAUUUAGCAGCAAUUAAUUUUACUGGUUCUGUACCCACAUUUGUACAUCUCUGGAAACAAGUUGGAGAAAAAUUAGGAAAAAAUAAAUAUAUAACAUUCCCAAAAUUGGUUGGAGAAUGUGGAGGUAAAAAUUUUCAUUUUGUACAUCCAUCUGCUGAUAUUCAAUCUGUUGUUAAUGGAACUAUUUUAUCUGCUUUUGAAUAUUCUGGUCAAAAAUGUAGUGCAUGUUCAAGAGUUUAUUUACCAAAAAGUUUAUGGUCACAAUUUCAAUCUGAAUUUGGAAAAAUACUUAAAGAAAUAAAAGUUGGAGAUGUUAGAGAAGGUGAUUCAUUUACUUCAUCUGUUAUUGAUGCAGUUGCUUUUAAUCGUAUUAAAAAAUAUAUAGAUUCAGCAAAAAAUAAAGAAGACGGAGCUGAAAUUGUUUUUGGUGGUAAUUGUGAUGACAGUAAAGGAUUUUUCAUUCAACCAACAUUAGUUAAAGUUUCUUCACCAAAAUCAAAAAUAUUUAAAGAAGAGAUAUUUGGACCAGUUGUAUCAGUCUUUUUGUAUCCAGAUAAUGAAAUUGACACUGUAUUAAAUAAUGUCAAGAAUGAUACUCCUUAUGGAUUAACUGGUGCUGUUUUUUCUAGAGACGGAGAAUUCUUAAGAAAAGCUGCUUUAAUUCUUAGAGAUGCUGUUGGAAAUUUGUACUUAAAUGACAAAUCAACUGGUUCAAUUGUCGGCCAACAACCAUUUGGUGGUGCAAGAAUGUCAGGUACCAAUGAUAAAGCAGGUGGACCACAUUACUUUUUAAAAUGGACAUCUCCACAAACAGUUAAAACUACUUCAGUACCAUUAACAACUUGGAGAUACCCUUCAAUGGAAUAA